AUGGCGUACAGUAGUGAGGGUGAUGUUGAUGAAGUUAUUGAAAUGUUUAUGCAGGUCGAUGAAGAAGCCACUGAAGAAGCCGAAGAACGACGUUGGAACAAAAGAUCUCAGCAAAUGUUGAGCACAUUGAAACGACUUCUCAACAGAAAGGAACAUGUCAGUUUCAAAGAAACAGUCUCAAAAUGUAACCGCAAACAAGUCGCUUCAAAAUUCUAUUCAUUAUUGGUUCUUAAAAAAACUCAAACGAUUGACGUUAAGCAAUCUGAGCCAUUUUCAGACAUUAUAUUAACAAAGGGGUCGUUAUAUUCGGCAGCUUAA